CGUGUACAGUGUGUAGCGGAUUCUUAUACGAGUAGGUACAGUUCAUACAACUGUUUCAGUCUGUCUCGAAACGUUACGCAUUUACGUUUCGUCGACUUUCGCUAACGGUCGCCAGGCAUAUUGCACACUUAAACAUAAAAUGGCAAGUUCAUUGAGUCCUCUUCAAAUUUCGCAACUAAGAGAUUCAUGGUCAGUGCUUGCACAGAACCCGACCCAAUUGGCGUCAGCAUUAGUCAUCAGGUUAUUCAAAGAAAAUCCUGAGUAUCAAUCAUUAUUCAAACGGCUUAAGAACUUACCGAUGGAUGAACUUGCGUCUAAUCCUCAGUUUAUGUCACAUGCAUCGAAAGUAGGUGCUGCAUUAGGGUCUACUAUUGAUCACCUUGAUAAACCUGAAGAAUUAGAAAAAAUACUUACAAAUCUUGGCAUUAAACAUAAAAAAUAUGGACUUACACCGAAACAUUUUCAGGUUAUUGGUAACGUGUUGGUUGCUAUGAUAGCAGAAGCAAUCGGCGAUACUGAUCCAGAAUUAUUAGAUUUGUGGAAGUCCAGUUUAACUUCAGUACUAAGUAUUGUGAUUGCAGCAUGCAAUUAAAUUCGUGACAAUAUUUUAGUGAUGGUAUCGUUACUACUCAAUUUAUUAAUUGUUACUAUAUAUGUCAUUUGAUGGAUGAUGAGUGUUAUUACUUUUCGUAAUAAUGUUAUUCGUGUAUUUUUGUCGAGGGUUGUUAAUUUUUAUGGUCUCAUACUAAUAUACUAUAUACUAUUGUUCAAAUAAAUUAAUAAUACAUGUCAUGUUCUUAAUUUAACGAAACUCUAAUAAUACUCGUUCAGUUGAUUGAUACAAUCAUUAUUAUUUAUUUAUUUUUUCAAAUCAUUUUUGUUUCAUUGAAAAUUAUUUUAUUUUAUCAUUUAAAUUAUACGACUAUUAUGCAUACUGUACAAAUAAUAUAACGAUGUAUACAUGUCAUCUUGAAAUACAUAUGUUUUAUCUUUGUAAAUAUCUUUAAUAUUACCUGAUAUAUGUAAUAUGUAUAUUUAAUAAUUAUUUAAUUGUGUGUAUAUUAUGAUUAAGUUAUCCUUACAAAAUGUUAAUCACUUAUAUUUUGUGAAAAUUUGUUUUUUAUAAUCAAUUAUUCAAUUACAUUUAGAUAUUGUAAAUGUUUAAUAUAAAUAUACAAAAUAUACUAUAUAUAAUAUAUACAUAUAUACAUA